AUUCCAGGGAACUGGAAUGGAGCUGGCUGCCACACCAACUUUAGCACGAAGGAGAUGCGUGAGGAAGGGGGUUUGAAAUACAUUGAGGAGUCGAUUGAGAGGCUGGCCAAGAGACACCAGUACCAUAUUCGUGCCUAUGAUCCUAAAGGAGGGUUGGACAAUGCCAGACGACUGACCGGCCAUCACGAGACUUCCAACAUCAACGAGUUCUCUGCUGGAGUGGCUAACCGUGGUGCUAGCAUCCGAAUCCCACGAUCUGUGGGUCAGGAAAUGAAGGGCUACUUUGAAGACCGUCGUCCCUCA